ACAAGUUGUCCAUCGUCCUGGGCACCUGAUAGCAUCACUGUUGCUAACUGGCAUAUUCCGUUAAAUAGGGAGGAAAAACAAAACAACGAAACCCAAUCUCUCUCUCUCUCUCUCUCUCUCUCUCUCUCUCUCUCUCUCCCCUCGCACUCUAGCUCUCUCUCUCUCUUCUCUCUCUUUGGGUCAGGCAUCUCUUAACCAUCCACUGUCUAGUUAAGACAAUUGCGGGUGAUCAUCGCGUGAGCCAAGAACGUUUACUGUACAACCUAUAUCGGCUGUUACAACGUCAUGACAGCCGAAAAGACUAUCCCAAUAAUUAAUGGAAAACCGGACGAUGCUAUGGACCCCGAGGCUUCAAACACCAAUCUCGUGCGUAGCAAUGACAGAAAAGUGAACGAGAGAGGACACUGGAACAAUAAGAUUGAGUACGUGCUGUCCGUCGCUGGAGAAAUCAUAGGACUUGGCAACGUGUGGAGAUUUCCUUAUCUUUGCUAUAAGAACGGAGGGGGUGCUUUCCUGGUGCCAUAUGUGAUAUUCUUCAUUUGCUGUGGAAUACCAGUGUUCUUCCUGGAGACAGCUCUGGGCCAAUUUACCAGUGAAGGGGGGAUUACCUGUUGGCGAAAAGUGUGCCCACUUUUUGAGGGUAUUGGGUAUGCUACCCAAGUCAUCGAAGCCCAUUUAAAUGUAUAUUAUGUCAUCAUUUUGGCUUGGGCUAUCUUUUACCUAUUCAAUUGCUUCACAACGGAUCUCCCUUGGGCUUCAUGUGGACAUUAUUGGAAUACAGAGAGCUGUAUGGAAUUUCACGUAGUGAAUGGAACCAAUGUCAGCCACCCCAAUGCCACUUCGCCAGUCAUAGAGUUUUGGGAGCGACGCGUCCUGGGCAUAUCAAGUGGAAUCGAACACAUUGGGAAUUUAAGAUGGGAACUAGCUCUGUGUCUGCUCCUGGCAUGGUUCAUAUGCUAUUUCUGCAUAUGGAAAGGACCCAAAUCCACAGGAAAGGUUGUGUAUGUGACUGCAACCUUUCCCUAUGUCAUGCUGCUGGUUUUGCUGAUUCGAGGGGUCACUUUACCAGGAGCGGCAGAUGGGAUUAAGUUCUACCUGUACCCCGACAUAUCCCGGCUGUCUGACCCUCAGGUUUGGGUGGAUGCAGGAACUCAGAUAUUCUUCUCCUAUGCCAUCUGUCUGGGCUGCCUGACUGCUCUGGGAAGUUACAACAGCUACAACAACAAUUGUUACAGGGAUUGUAUCAUGCUGUGCUGCCUGAACAGUGGGACCAGUUUUGUUGCUGGAUUCGCCAUUUUCUCUGUGUUGGGAUUCAUGGCUUACGAGCAGAAUGUGCCAAUUAAAGCGGUCGCAGAGUCCGGCCCGGGUCUUGCCUUCAUCGCCUACCCUAAAGCUGUGACCAUGAUGCCUCUGUCUCCCUUGUGGGCCUGUCUGUUCUUCAUGAUGCUCAUCUUUCUGGGGCUGGACAGCCAGUUUGUGUGUGUGGAGAGCUUGGUGACUGCGGUUGUGGACAUGUACCCUCAGACCUUCAGAAGGGGUUAUCGCAGGGAGCUGCUCAUCCUUGGCCUGUCAAUAGUCUCCUUCUUCGUAGGUCUCAUUAUGCUAACAGAGGGUGGGAUGUAUGUUUUCCAGCUGUUUGAUUCGUAUGCAGCCAGUGGAAUGUGUUUGCUGUUUGUGGCUAUCUUUGAGUCGAUAUGUAUUGGUUGGGUUUAUGGCAGCGACAGAUUCUAUGAUAACAUAGAGGACAUGAUUGGUUACCGACCUGUCUUCUUCAUCAAGUGGUGCUGGAUGUUCCUGACUCCUGGCAUCUGUGCUGCGAUCUUCCUUUUCUUCUUGAUCAAGUACACGCCCCUGAAAUACAACAAUGUGUACACGUACCCAGACUGGGGUUAUGGGAUUGGUUGGAUGAUGGCUCUUUCCUCCAUGGUCUGCAUACCUUUGGGGGUCUUCAUUAAGAUCUGGAAAACAGAAGGCACCUUUUCAGAGAGAAUUAAGAAGUUGACCACGCCAAGCCCAGACUUGAAGAUGAGAGGUAAGCUAGGGGCCAGCUCAAGCCCCUAUGCAGUAAAUGACUGUGAUGCCAAACUGAAAGGGGAUGGCACCAUUUCCACUAUCACGGAAAAAGAAACACAUUUUUAAACUGGCCACCACCAAUGCCAUCGAUGCAACAGAAAAUCAGAAGUGAACAAAUGACUGUGUGUUUUAUUUUGUAAAAAAACAAAACAAAAGAAAAAGAAAAGAUGAAACACAUAAUUAUAGAGACUGGCUUGUUUUGCACAAACUUUAUUAACAAUAGAUAUACAUUAUGUGAUGAUUAAAUCUGUUACCUUUUAGUAAUGUUAUAGGUAAA